AUGUCCUCCGACACUGAAGAAUUCUACUUGAUUCGUGAGUGGGAGCAGUUCUGGGUUGAUAUUCAGCCAUUUCUCCUGCAACGAGGUUACCGACUACGACCGAGAUAUAAUCCGAACUGGAAACCGUCAUGGUUGCAAGGUAAGGCCGGAAAGCACCCUGUUUUGUGUGAGGACGGUAUACUUGCAAGGGGAGAAACCGUGAUCGACGCAAUCAGACUGGAGAACGGUCAGAAGGUUGUUCUCAAGAAAGUAGAAACAGCGUCGCAAGAGAUUUCGUUCGCCACGGCAUUUUCCUCCAAAGAGUGGAAAAAGGAUCCAAGGAAUUGCUGUGUUCCAAUACUAGACGUCGUCAUGAUCCCAUGCGAUGACGACCAUGCUCUCAUUGUCAUGCCUCAACUUUUAGCUUUCCAUUUGCUUCCAUUCAGGUUUCUUGGAGAAUUCUGUGAAUUUGCAUUACAAGUACUGCAAGGACUUGAGUUUUUGCACGAGCGUACAAUAGCUCACAGGCGAGUCUUGGAUAUCUGCUGGGGUAACAUAAUGAUGGACCCUUCAAAGGUUAUUCCCAAGGGAAACCAUUUUAUACGUUGGGACUCUCAUACAGGGAAGCCAUUCAAAAAGUUUGAAUGGAAGACACGGUGGUCUGUAAAGCCUGUGCAAUAUUACAUCAUUGAUUUUGGGAUUUCUGUGAAAUGUCUAAACAAAGACGCUCGAGGAUUGGGGCAAUGGGGUCAAGACAAGACUGUACCAGAAAUGCUGAAGAAAGAAUGGUGUAAUCUUCUUAUGGUUGACAUUUACCAGUUGGGAAAUGUGUUCAAACAAUGCCUCUCGAAUUACCAAGGCCUCGAUGUCUUUGCUGAACUAGCUAACGCUAUGACGAAGGAAAAUCCAAAUGAACGGCCCACUGCAGUGGAGUCUGUCCGCAUGUGUAAGAAGAUCAUUGAUGACGCUACUGGAACGGGGACAAUGACCAGUCGCGUAUGGCAGCUGAAGAGGCUUAUUGGUGGAAGGUUAGGGUCUGGCCUAAUGCUUUCUACAAUUGAAAGGCUGAGAGUCAGAUGCGGAUGCCAGAAUCCUCUACUUUGA